AUGGCUGGUGGACCCGGUCCUGUGGGCCAGUGCUGGGCUUUGAGGGAUGAGGGUCGGGGCACUGGGAACACAGAGCCUCCAGAUAUUCUUCCAAAGCUACACAUGAAAACUUUGGUUUCAUCCGUGGGAAAUGUGGAAACUUUUGAAUGUGAAACCCAGAGGAGAAGCCUUCCUAAGCCACUGCCUCCAGAGGGAGCCAAGACCAACCCUUCCAAAAGGCACCGGGACCGACUGAAUCAAGAGCUGAGCCGACUCACCAACCUGUUACCCUUCCCCGAGGACGUGCGUGCACGGCUGGACAAGCUGUCCGUCCUCAGGCUGAUCGUGGGCUACCUGAAGGUGAAGGACUACUUUGCAGCAACCCUAAAGGACAACAAUGCAGGCUGCUCAGCUGACCCAGCCAUGAACCCAGGAAGAAGUGAACAGACCUUUCCACAAGUCAAUGUAGAUUUGUUUUCUGAAGGGGACUUGCUUCUUCAGGCCCUCAACGGCUUCCUCAUGGCAGUCACAGAGGAUGGCUACAUCUUUUACGUCUCUCCCACAGUCCAGGACUACCUGGGAUUUCAUCAAUCAGAUGUCAUCUACCAGAGUGUGUUCGAGCUGAUCCACAAGGAGGACAGAGCCAUGUUCCAGAGCCAGUUACGCUGGCCUCCAGACACAGCAUCAGUCAGCAGAGAAGCAGAUCCGGACACCAGCCCUCUGCCCGGAGAGAGUUCCCUCCCACUUAGUGGCACCCCUCCUGCCAGCGUUCAGCAUCUGCCCUUGGAAGACCCUUCCUACCUGGAGAGAAGCUUUGUCUGUCGGUUCCGCUGCCUGCUGGACAAUUCUUCUGGGUUUCUGGAAUUGAAUUUCCAGGGCCAUCUCAAAUUCCUCCCUGGGCAGAACACUAAGUCAGAAGACGGCACCUUCUUGUCUCCUCACCUUACCCUGUUUGCCACUGCAACACCUCGUCAGCCUCUCACCAUCCUGGAGCUCCAAAACAAAACAUUUAUUUUCCAAACAAAACACAAAUUGGAUUUCACACCUAUAGCCUGUGAUUCCAGAGGGAAGGUGAUUCUGGGCUACACCGACAGCGAGCUCUGCAGGAGGGGAUCUGGCUACCAGUUCAUCCACGCGGCAGACAUGAUGUACUGCGCAGAGAACCACGUGCGAAUGAUGAGGACGGGCGAGAGCGGGCUCACGGUGUUCCGGCUGCUCACCAAGCAGGGGCGCUGGCUGUGGGUGCAGUCCAACGCGCGCCUGGUGUUCCGCGGCGGCCGGCCCGAGUGCAUCGUCGCCCGACAGCGGGCCCUCACGAACUUGGAGGGGGAGGAGCACCUGUGCAAACGGGCCCUGCAGCUGCCGUUCACCUUCACCACGGGGGAGGCCGUCCUGUAUGAGAGCAGCCUCCCAAGCGCCCUGACUGCCCUCCCAGCCAGGAAGAGGACCAGGGCUAGGAAGGGUCUUCCAGCUGGGCAGGACUCUUCGUGCCCCGGAUCUCUCCUUGGAGCCAUGAUGCAGCAAGAUGAAUCCGUGUACUUGUCCUGCAUUGCUCCCACCCUCCAGGGCUCACCCUUCGAGAGGCAGGGGUCUGAUAACAGAUGUGAGGACAAGGAAGAGAAAGAGAAGGAGGAAGGCAGCUCCCUGCUGGCCCUCAUCGAGAGCCUGCUGGAGAAGGACAAGGAAGAACAGCCUGACCUUUGCUCCACCCUCCAGCACCUGGCUGUCACCAAUCUCAACCAGCGUCUGUGGGAAGAGAAGCUUCAAGGAGCUGACUCGGGCCCUGCAGGACCUCAGAACUGCCACCUGCCACCACCCAGCCAAGGAAGAAAACUCCACAGGGAGAAGGAUACCCAGUUUUAUGACCCUGGGAACGUGGGCUUGCCCCCACCAGCCAGCAUGACUUCUCCACAGACCCUGAAUCCACCAUCUUCUCAGGGCUCAGCCCAGCUAGCCACAGAAGUAACUCCACCUCCAAACGUGGGCUUGGUGCCCAGCUACCCUCAAGCACAUCCCCAGGAUUGUCUCAUCACUGGUCCUUCUAUCCCUGGCCCCACACUCCAGAACCCCCUCCAGGGCCCCCCACAGUGGUGGCCUCGGCACAGCCAGGCAGUGCCUUCGAACUUUGAGAUGUGUCAGAAGCCAACAUUUGACCUCAGCCCACUGCCUCAGGCCUCCAGCCCAAGCCGGCCUGCUCAGGGUUUUCAGCCAAGCCACACACCUCUUCUCUCUUUAGGAGAAAAUGUUCCUGGACACCUGGCUCCACCAGGCCCUGGUGUUCUGAAUUUUUGCAAGGAAUCUAUGCCCUGGACCUCCAUACACACUGGUCAGGGCCAGGGGUCCUUGAUCCCCUCAGACCCCACUUUAUGUGUCAACCCAUGUGGUACCCACCGUUUGCGCAGCAUUUGGGAUUCCCCCAUCCAGGGCCACCCAGUUGCAGUCCCCAUGGAGGUGGUGGCAGAGCAGAAAGCAGGGCAGGCCCAGCCUGACCCCUUCAGCUGCCCAUGGAUGGUUGACCCCUGCCUUCCAUGGACACGGCCACCCAGUCCCAGCUUGUACAGAGGUCAGCCCCUGUCUGUGCAGGGGGCACCUGGGACACCAGAGGAAAAAUCUGGAGAAGGAGAGCAUCCACCCCACUCUCUGGGGCCAAAUCAGCUUUCCAGGAGUCCAGCCUGUCCUUCCCAAGUACUUCUGCCUGGAUCCUCAGCCAUGCGGGGCUCUUACACUGCAGACCCCAACCCAACCACCAAGCAGCAGCAGUGGGUGCAGGGGGUGCUGCAGAGCCAGGAGCACUGUGGGCAGGUGAGAGAAGGGGCGCCACGUGUCCAUCACCAGGCUGGCCACCUGAGAGACGCCAUUCCCCAGGCUCCUCAGCAGAACCCCUUCCCCUCUCCUGACUCUGCCAACAGCUCCCCACAUUCAGGUGGCAGCCACUACAGCAGCCCAGCAGAGCUUAUGAGACAAGUCAAAGACAGACCACAGGUGCCACCUAGCCUGGCCCAGCCUAUCUGCCCCCUUGACCUGGCCUGGCCUCCCACGUCCAUGCAGGGCAGCUAUGACAUUAGGCUCCGGGUGGGUGUUGGUACACAGGGUCUCAGAAAACCGGGACCAGCAGGGAAGGGCACCUCACCACACUGGUCAAGUACAGAGCUGCUGGCAAACGUGGACAUGUCAGGGCCUUAG